CGCAGUGUUACACAGUGAGCAUGGCGAGGCUCACACACACACACUUGGCCGCGGCUACACCGGGAAUAAACCGCGCUAUGAUGAGGAUCAGCUCUAACGCGGACUGUGCGAUGUGAACUCGGGUGGGUGUGUGUGUGAGUGUGUGUGUGAGUCGGAACCCCGCCGCUUUUUCGUCGCACUCCGAUGCUGUUGCUACCUGCGGAAACCCUCGGCUGUAAGCUCACACUGGCCCCUUUGCACUAGUUGGAACUCCCGUCACUAAAAAGCAUGAUUGAAGACGGAGGGAGGAGAGGAAGGAUGAUGGCCGACAAGAGGCAGAUCUUCACCGAGAUGAAAGCGCAGAAUUUCGACUUGAUCCGUCUCUCUACGUAUCGCACGGCCUGCAAACUCCGCUUCGUCCAGAAGAAAUGCAACCUGCACCUGGUGGACGUGUGGAACAUGAUCGAGGCGUUUCGGGACAACGGCCUGAACACGUUGGAGCACAACACCGAGCUGAGCGUGUCCCGGCUGGAGACCAUCGUCUCGUCCAUCUUCUACCAGCUCAACAAGCGUCUGCCCACCACCUACCAGAUCAACGUCCAGCAGAGCAUCAGCCUGCUGCUCAACUUCCUCCUCGCCGCACACGACGGUGAGGGCCAGGGCAGUGUGACGGUGUUCUCCGUGAAGGUCAUGCUGGCGAUCCUGUGCGGAGGGAAGAUCGUGGAUAAACUGCGCUAUAUUUUCUCUCAGAUCGCAGACGCUAACGGAGCGAUGACUCUGUCCAAGUUCGACCUCUUCCUGAUGGAGGCGCUGAAACUGCCGUCCGCCGUGUUCGAGGGUCCGUCCUUUGGCUACACGCAGCACUUCGCACGCUCCUGCUUCCCACAGCAGAAAAAGGUGAUGUUGAACAUGUUUCUAGACACGGUGAUGGCCGAUUCUCCUCCUCAGUGUCUCGUCUGGUUACCCCUCAUGCACCGCAUUGCUAAUGUGGAGAACGUCUUACACCCGGUCAGCUGUUCGUACUGCCGCGGUGAGAACAUGCUGGGUUUUCGGUACCGCUGCCAGCAGUGCUUUAACUACCAGCUGUGUCAGACCUGCUAUUGGCGUGGCCAUGCCAGCGGCAACCAUAGCAACCAGCACCAAAUGAAGGAGCACUCGUCCUGGAAAUCUCCUGCUAAGAAGUUGGGCCGCGCCAUUAGUAAAUCAUUUGGCUGUGUCCCGAGCCGAGAGCCCUCUCACCCCAUCUACCCCGAGGACCCGGAGAGACCACUCGACCUCUCAAACAUCAUACCACCCCGCCCUGUUCCAAACAACCUGACUGUCUCAGCGGCGCCCCCUUGUGUAAGCUCCACCCCCAACCAAAGGGUGCAGGGUAUAGCUGCUGCUCAGCGUCUAAACGAGGAACACACAUUGAUUGCAGCUUAUGUGAACAAACUGCAGUCGAGUCCACGUGCUCUGGACAGCCCCAGCCGAAUGGAUGAGGAACACAAGCUAAUCGCGCGAUACACAGCUCGGCUAGCGUCGGAGCACGGCAACAAUGCUAGGGCUGAUCAGCUCGGCUUCGACACCAACAAGAACCAGCGGCAGCUCAUAGCACAGCUGGAGCAGAAGAACAGAGAGAUCCUGCAGGAGAUCCAGCGUCUGCGUGUGGAGCACGAGCAGGUGUCCCAGCCCAGUCCGGAGAAAGCUCAGCAGAACCCCACACUGCUGGCUGAACUGCGGCUGCUCAGGCAGAGGAAGGAUGAACUGGAACAGAGGAUGUCGGCUCUGCAGGAGAGCAGGAGAGAGCUCAUGGUGCAGCUAGAGGGACUGAUGAAACUACUGAAGGAAGAGGAGCAGAAACAGGCAGCCCAGGCAGCAGGCACUCCUCAGAGCUCUCCCAGCCACGCUGCCUCUCGUCCAAUCCCCAUGCCCGUCCGCUCCACUGGCUCCACCCCUACGCACACAGGCCACGCCCCCUCCCAGGUGCCUCAGGACUCUCUUGCCGGAGUGGGCGGAGACGUGUGCGAGGCUUUCGCUCACGGAGCACGCAGGAACCUGAGGAACGACCUUCUGGUGGCAGCCGACUCCAUCACCAACACCAUGUCCUCCUUAGUCAAGGAGCUGCACACUGAGGAAGACAUGGUGGAGGAAGAUGAGAGACUGCAGAACGGGAGAGACAGAGGUACGGCGGUUGGCCAGGUGAGAGCAGUCGCUCAUCAGACUCCACCCAGAGACGUGAAGCGCUCCGCUCACGCACCGCUCUCACGAUGAUGAUGAUGAUGAUGAAGAGACACGUGAAAAUGAUGAUCUGGAUCUUCAAGAGCCGCUGUUUAUACAUGAUUAUAAUCUUUGAAUGGAAGAUCAUGCAGUUUUAUUUGUUUUCUGAUUAGUUUUGAUUUGUUUUUUUGCUAAAAGGCUGUUUCGUUAAUAAGCUCAGUUUGAUUUCGCAUGAUUGAUUUUAGUUAGAGUUAAAAAAAAAAUAAAAAUAAACUACUGAUAUCAGGCAUCCCGUUUUGGACUGCGGACGUUCGAGGGGACGGGGAGACGCUUGUGAGUGAUGGUGCUGAGGAUGUUGUGAAGGACGGAUGAUGGAGGGUUGAGGUGGGAAAGUUGAGGAAGGUUAGAGAGAAAGUGCUGAGAGAGUCGUGCAGGUCAGACGCGUCGGGUGGGUAAAGAGAGAUUUGCUUAGCGUGUGCUGUGUUUAAGGAACCACACGACGGAACCGUGUUAAUUUAUUUUCUUUUUCUUUAUUUGCGACGUGUUUGCGGUUUUAUUUAUUUGCAUCGGACAGCCUUUAAGCUCUCAGAGGUGUACAUGUCGGAGGAGAUCUUCAUGGUCGUAAAUCUUUGGGCUCCAGCCAAAUAAGCGAAACCUAGUUUCAGACUAAAUCAUUUUUUAAAAUAUAUAUAUAUUAGUCCAGGGCUUGCCUUCGUCCGAGUUCUGUUUUAGAUCGACCCGUUUUUUUUCCGGGCAGCGAGUUAACAGGAAAUCAGCGCCGUGUUUCUCACUGAUCGUGUUUGUCUUUACUUGAAAACGUAUUUUGAUCUAGUGGCAGCUACGUUCUGGUGCUGAACACAAGACUACUCUUAGUGUGCUUUCACGCCUAUUAAUCCAUCUGAAUGAAUUAUUUCGAUUGGUUUAACGUGAUGUCCGAGGCGUCGUUUAGAGCUGAAGACGUCCCUGUUAAAUCAUAUGUUCUGGAAUAAGUAAAUAAAAGCUAAACAUUUUUUUUUUUUUAACCAAGUAGUAAAGCAUGGAGAACAUGGAGCUGGUGCUAAUAAAUGGUUUAUUUCUAUAAAUAACUGGAUAAAAACUUGUCAGUGUAUUUUCUUUAUUUAUUCUUUGGUCCACAUGGCAUUUCUGCAGCGCUCCAGAUUAGUCUCUGGUCAAAGCAAGUGAUCACAGCACCUCCUGCAGUGAGUCGAUUCCGAGUCGAGACGCUUUCUCAUUAGCGUUGACUCCGUGCCGCGAGUCGAUUAAGAUUCAAAAGGCAUUCUCAGUAUGGCUGGACGAUCUGCAGUGAGUCGAUUCAUAGCCGAAUCGUUUUUACCACCAGAGUUCACUUCAGGCAAGUCGAUCCGGAGGCAAACUGGUUCAUUAAGAGUCAGAACGGUUUCUCACCAGAGUUGACUCUAUGCAGUUAGUCAAUUCCGAGUCAUUCGCACUGGAGGUGAGUUCUUUAAGAGAGUCACUUCCGAGUCAAAUUGCUUUCUCUCUAGGCUCACUUCCAGCAGUGAGUCGAUUCCGAGUCGAAACAUUUUCUUGCCAGAGUCAAACUGGUUGAUAUAGAGUCAGAAUGGUUUCAUUCAGCGAGUCGAUUCUGAGUCACAACACUUUCACAUUGGGGAUCACUUCCUAAAGAAAGUUUCAGAAUAGAAAUGUUUUUUCGGGUCACUCCCGGCAGUGAGUCGAAUCCAAAGCGAAAUACUUUCUUGCGAUGAUCAAACUGGUUCAUUCAGACUCAGAAGGCUUUCUUACUACAGUUGAUCUGAUGCAGUGAGUCGAUUCAAAGUCAAAUCACUUUCGCGCUUGAGAUCACUUACUUGAGACUUACGUGAACACUCUAUGGUUCACGUGAUACUGUGAGUCUAUUCCGAUUGGAAUUACUCCCUUACUAGAGUUCACAUCCUGCGGCGAGUCGAGCAUUUUAUCACUUGAACUCAUUUCUUAGAAAGACUCGGAGAAGACCACUGUCUCAAUUGAGUUGACUUCGUGCUGUGAGUCGAUUCAGAGUCAAAUGGUUUUCUCAGACGUGGCCUGAAAUAGAGACCACGCAACAAAGGUUCUGUUCAAACGGAGAGCACGAGAGCGCUCUUAGCUAGCUAGAAAAAGUGAGGACAAUUUAGCGACAGAGUUAGCAUAACUGAAGAAAUUUUAUUAGUGCUGGUUCGAAACUAUCAGUAAAAUAUUGAACGCGCUGCUGUCUGUCUGUCUGUGUUGGAGACGAGAUCUCGGCCUGCCUUGGGUUUGGAACGCAGUGUUUGGAAAACGAGCCCUCUGAUGAUCGUGGACUGCCUCCUUUAAGCUCGCUUUUGUGUAAAUAUUGAAGUUAGAGAUGAUUUAGUUUUAUAGAACUUUAUUUUAGGUACAGACAAGAAGGACGAGGACUGAAUAUACGUAUAUGUGUCCUUAAGAGGACCCUUACCCAUGAUGCCUCUGUGUGUACACACACACACACACACACACAUCUGACCUGCUGUGCUGUGUAUUUUUUAUACAUGUGCAUUUGUGUAUGUGUGUGUGUGUGUGUGUGUGUGAGUACAUAAUGCUGGAUUGUCAUUAUAAUGAAGCUGACUUUUUACCCGAGUCCCAAGUGGGAUUGUGGGAAAUGUAUUUUUAGCCUUUACCCUGUGUAUAAAGGUGAAAAAAAAAAAUUAUCGCACAUAAAUUCUGCCAAAAUGUCUUGCAAUGUUUCUUGUGUGAGUGUGUGUGUGUGUGUGUGUUUCCUCAGUUUUAUAUAAACAAGCAAACAAACAAAACAGCUGUGCCUUUUUUUCUUUUUAGUAGAAUUGUGCUGUUUCUCUCUCUCUCACACACACACACAUUUUUCUUGUAUAACUAUACUUAUAAGGACUUUUUAAUUACCAAAAAUUAUGUUAUACGACGCCUAAAUCUAACCACAGCCUUAACUGGCACAACCAAAUAAAAAAAUUAGGGGA